AACGAAAGCUACAUGGGCUUCUAUGCAAGAAGGCACUAAUGCUCCCCUGUAUGAUUAAUAUGGUACUGUGGAAAUUUGCCAGUCUUAUAUCACACAUCUAGAAGCCCAUAUGUAUGCUAAAGUAAGAGUGCAGAGACUGUACAGAUAGCACCUUUGGACCUGUGAAGAUUAGGAACAGGAGUGACACAUGAGGUCCCCAUCACCAUUCUCAUUUUCAUGUUGAUUUAUUCAGAAAUGUUUCAACAUCAGGGCUUAUUUGACCAUGAGGUACAGUGGACAACAUGAAGAUCUUAGAGGUUUGAAUUUCCAGUCAUUGGCAUGAAUACAUGAAGACGACUACACAACAAGUAUGUUCCAACUCAAGGGAGGCCCAUCUUGAGUAUUUCCUAGAUGUGAUCUGAUAUAGCCACUGUUUCCUUUUGCAUUCUGAGGCUACAAUUCCGUGAAUACUUAGCUAGAAUGAUAUUGGAAGAAUACCUUUGAAUACUGAAGCUGACAAAUCAUUGAGAGUGCUGGCACCAUGUUAUGUUGGGGAAAUGCCUCUUUUGGACAGCUUGGUUUGGGAGGCAUUGAUGAAGAAGUUGUUCUGGAACCCAGAAGAUGCAACUUUUUCCUAAACAAAAAAAUUCGGGAUGUGGGCUGCGGACUAAGGCACACUGUAUUUGUUCUGGAUGAUGGGACUGUAUAUACGUGUGGGUGCAACGACUUAGGACAGUUAGGACAUGAAAAAUCCAGGAAAAGACCAGAACAGGUGGGUGCCCUGGAUGCUCAAAAUAUUGUAGCCGUUUCAUGCGGAGAAGCCCACACGUUAGCAUUAAAUGACAAGGGUCAAGUCUAUGCAUGGGGGUUUGCUGCAGAUGGACAGCUUGGCUUACCUGGAACUGAAGAAUAUACCAGAGUGCCCAGAAACAUCAAAAGCUUGUCUGACAUCCAAAUAGUGCAGGUUGCCUGUGGUUACUACCAUUCACUUGCACUUUCCAAAGGAAGUGAAAUUUUUUCCUGGGGGCAGAACAAACAUGGUCAACUAGGUCUAGGUUAUGAAUUUAAAAAGCAGACAUCUCCACAGUUGAUCAAGUCUUUAUUAGGGAUACCCUUUGGACAGGUUGCAGCAGGCAGAGCACAUAGCUUUGUAUUGACUCUUUCUGGAGCUGUUUUUGGCUGGGGGCGUAACAAAUUUGGUCAACUUGGCCUUAAUGAUGAAAAUGAUAGAUAUGUUCCCAAUCUUCUAAAGUCACUAAGAUCCCAGAAAAUUGUUUACAUCUGCUGCGGAGAAGAUCAUACAGCAGCUCUUACAAAGGAAGGUGGGGUGUUUACUUUUGGAGCUGGAGGCUAUGGGCAAUUAGGUCAUAACUCUACUGCUCAUGAAAUAAACCCGAGAAAAGUUUUUGAACUCAUGGGGAACAUUGUCACACAAAUUGCCUGUGGAAGGCAGCACACAUCUGCAUUUGUACCUUCAACUGGAAGAAUUUAUUCUUUUGGUCUUGGAGGUAAUGGGCAGCUAGGAAUGGGAUCAACCAGUAAUAGAAAAAGCCCUUUCCCAGUGAAAGGAAAUUGGCUUCCUUAUAAUGGCCAGAGUCUAUUAACUUCAGAUGGUGAAGAAUAUUAUUGUGUAAAGAGGAUUUUCUCGGGUGGAGACCAGAGCUUUUCUCAUUAUGUUAAUCCACAGGAUUUGGUACCACCAGAUGAUUUCAGAUACCCUAAUGCUGCACGACAAAUCUGGACUGUGAAUGACAGCUUCAUUCAGAGAUUGCUGAACUGCUCAUCUUCAGGAGCAGGGAGACUUCCUGUAGAGAUAGCAAAUGAAAUAGAUGGAACAUUCUCUUCAUCUGGAUGUCUGAAUGGAAGUUUUUUGGCCAUCAGCAAUGAUGAUCACUACAGAACUAGUGCCAGAUUCUCAGGGGUUGAUAUGAAUGCUGCUCGACUUCUGUUUCACAAGCUUAUACAGCCAGAGCAUCCUCAUAUAUCUCAACAGGUGGCAGCUAGUUUGGAGAAGAACCUUAUUCCUAAACUGACUAGUUCCCUGCCUGAUGUUGAAGCCCUAAGGCUGUUUCUAACCUUGCCAGAAUGUCCUCUAAUGAGUGAUGCAAACAACUACAUGACACUUGCUAUUCCAUUUGCAACGGCUAUUGUGAAUCUAGAUAAAGCUCCACUGAAAGUACUUGAAAACUGGUGGUCUGCAUUGGAGCCUCCCUUAUUCCUCAAAAUAGUGGAACUUUACAAAGAUGUUGUAGUCCACCUUCUGAAACUGUACAAGAUGGGUCUCCCUACUUCAGAGCAAAGAAUCUUUAGCAGCUGUCUACACACAUCCCUCAAGGUUUUGGAAAUUUUGCAUAGGGUUAAUGAAAGAGGUGGGCAAAUCAUACAGUAUGAUAAGUUCUACAUACAUGAAAUACAGGAUUUGAUAGACAUAGGAAACGACUACGUCAAUUGGAACCACCAUCAGACUUAUGGAAUGGAUAUCAGCCAUGGAUUAAAUGAGCCAAGCGAUGUGCCAGUUACAAUUUGCACCUAUCCAUUUGUGUUUGAUGCACAGGCAAAGACAACCCUCUUGCAAACAGAUGCAGUAUUACAGAUGCAGGUGGCUGUUGACCAGGCUCACAGACAGAAUUUCUCAUCUCUUUUUCUCCCAGUAUAUGAAUCUGUCAAUCCAUGUCUGAUCUUAAUAGUGCGCCGAGAAAAUAUUGUUGGGGAUGCCAUGGAAGUCUUAAGAAAAACGAAAAAUGUCGAUUACAAGAAACCUCUCAAGGUUAUUUUUGUAGGGGAAGAAGCUGUGGAUGCAGGUGGAGUUCGCAAAGAAUUUUUUCUACUUAUCAUGAGAGAGCUCUUAGAUCCCAAAUAUGGAAUGUUUAGGUAUAAUGAAGAAUCCAGGCUAAUCUGGUUCUCAGAUAAGACAUUUGAAGACAGUGACUUGUUUCAUCUGAUUGGUGUUGUCUGUGGUCUAGCAAUAUAUAAUUUUACUAUUGUAGAACUUCACUUUCCUUUGGCCUUGUAUAAGAAGCUUUUGAAUAAGAAACCUUCUCUAGAAGACCUCAAGGAGCUAAUGCCUAGUGUUGGCAGGAGUAUGCAGCAAUUACUGGACUAUCCAGAAGAUGAUAUAGAGGAUACCUUCUGCCUCAACUUUACUAUCACUGUUGAAAACUUUGGUACCACUGAGGUUAAAGAACUAAUUCCUAAUGGCACAGACAUUCCUGUUGUCAAACAAAAUAGGCAAGAGUUUGUGGAUGCCUAUGUGGACUACAUCUUCAAUAAAUCAGUGGCUUCUCUCUAUGAUGCAUUCCAUGCAGGCUUUCACAAAGUGUGCGGAGGUAAAGUUCUUCAGCUCUUCCAGCCAAAUGAACUGCAAGCAAUGGUGAUUGGGAACACAAACUAUGAUUGGAAAGAAUUAGAAAAGAAUACUCAGUACAAAGGAGAAUACUGGGCAGACCACCCGACAAUUAAAAUCUUCUGGGAGGUUUUCCAUGAAUUACCACUGGAGAAGAAGAAACAGUUUUUGUUAUUUUUGACAGGCAGUGAUCGUAUUCCUAUACUUGGAAUGAAGAGUCUUAGUCUUGUAAUCCAGCCAACAGGAGGUGGAGAUGAGUAUCUUCCAGUAGCUCAUACAUGUUUUAAUCUUCUUGAUCUUCCAAAAUACACAGAUAAAGAAACUCUCAAAUCAAAGCUAAUUCAGGCUAUUGAUCACUAUGAAGGCUUCAAUUUAGUAUAACUUGUGGAAGCUUGGAACGCUGAAGCUAUUUAAUGUGGGAACAUUUAAUUUUUUGCAUCUAUCUUGCAGUGUUACAUUCAAUAAAAAGCCUAGCAGUGGAGGUGAUAUAAGAAGCUGUUCAUAAAUAUGUUCCGUGAUCUGGUUCUUUAAUGGCUGCCUAAAAUCCUUACACUGAUUGUCUUGAUACAAAUUCUGAAGCCACAUUUUGUGAUAUUAACAAACAAAAGAGUAACUUGGGGGGGGAAAGUUUCUCUGAAUUUUUGUAGUUCACAAGUUGCAAAUGACUUGCUGUGUGUGGAAAGAUGUGCUUAAUUUUUUUUUCAGUCACUGCAUCUGUCACUUAUAGAUCUUUGCUUUGUAAAUAAUCUUUUUGUAAUACUGUAUUCCCCAGUAGCAGUAGAUACUCCUAUCUACUUGCAAGUGAAUUGGGACUUACUUCAUAAAAACAAACCAAGAGAGGGGAAAAAUCCACCACAGCAUCUCAGCUGAUGUUGGAGAUCUGCAUCUAUUUUUUUAAAAUGAGGAUCUAAUGAUGAAUAAUAAAACUAGAAGUAGUUUGUACAAAGUUCCUUUCACACUAAAGCAGAUACAGCUUUUAUUAACAUAAAGAUCAAAACACUAUCAAAUAUUAUUUGUCUGAUAACCCAUGUUCGUAUGAACUACCGAUUUUCAAAAUACCAUUACUACUGGAUCCUAUGAUUUAAUCCUGGAACUCAAUCCUUGAUAACCGUGUAAUUAAUCUCAUUUAUGCCUCAUACCUCAGUCUGCAAUUGUUAAUUGCAUCUUCACUGUUUGCCUUUAACUUCAGCAGAGCUGAGAUGUCCAUCAUUCUCAUUCCCAAAUGUUGUAAGACCAGUUUUGAAGAUCUGGUUCAAUUUUCACUUUUUCAGACAAUUUCUAAAUGCCCUCUUUUAAAAAUACUUUUUUGAACUUCAGUCAUCUGAAACAAUCACAUCGAAUUUGUGGGGAAUUGGAGGUGGGGUGGAGCCUCAUGUUCCUGAAUGUUUACAUGUUAUUGAUAGUAUGUGACUUCCAGCUGUGAAAUAAAUAUUUAUUUUUUUUAGAUUUAUAAACUGCAGUGAAAAUUCAAGCGUAAAAUAAAAAUUAUUGAAUGAACGUUU